GGGAUUAACAACUUGAAAUCCUUCUCCAUUUAGUAACUUCAGACAUGCAGUACAAAAUAAAUAAAUGAGUAGAAGCACCUGAACUAAAUAUUGAGGUACACCCGUAAGCUAUUAGGUUGGUGUACAUCUAACCGUUCCCCAUUUUGGUUUGUAUCUAUGCCUAUGGUAUGAGGACUACAUAGAUGACUGGUUUGUUGGUCAUCUCUCUUACAUAUAAGAGUCUAGUAGUAGUUAAGGAGGGAAUUAUAUUCUGGUUAGAUGUCCAGGGUUGUUACAGAUUUGUUAGGUAAGAAGGAAUUGGCGGGAACUGCUGUCUUUAGAAGAAACUGACCUAUAAAAGGAAUGGAAUAGCUCCAGGAUUGUCAUUCUGAAAUUCUAAUCAAUAAGGAUCUACUUUCUCGUCUCUCUAAAUUCUUCUCUCUUAAUUCUCUCUUCUUCUAUUCCUCCCUUUCAUUUCUAUAUUUCUUGGCUAAUUUCUAUUAUUCUGUAAUGGAGAUUCUGAUUAUGUGACAAGUGGAAUAAGAGCUGUUAGAUCAGCGGGCAACUACUGGAAAUUGUUUCACUGGAGUUGCAUGUAUGGCAGAUCAGUUGAAGUCUUCCCAAAUACCAGAGUUCAAGAAAUGCUAGAUAGAAGAUUAAAAUAACAAAAGGAGCAGUUGGAACAAAGAUUUGAAAAAGUGAUUCAGAAAGUAGAAAGUUUAGAUCAGAAAAUGAAAAGAUUUGAACAAUCAAUUCAAGUGAGAAAGGAAAAGAUUGCAGUCUUGAUUAAUGAAGAUCAAAAUUUUGAAAAGUCUAGCGAAGUACAAGAGUCUCUGUGUGAAACUUCUAAUAAGAAAGACAAAGCCAUUGAGAUGGAGCAGGAGCUUUUUGUUGACAAGUCUAAUGUAAGUGAGAUCUAUGAGGAGAAGAACAACGAAGAUGGUGAUGAUGGGCAACUAGAGUCUGAAAUGAGGACAAUAUUAGUUGAAUCUGAAGUGUUUGCACAAUUCAUUCUCGAAAAUGAAUUUUUUGGUACUGAAAUUAUUGGACAUGUUCUUGGAAAAAAGAAAGAUAAAGGUUUUACAAAAAGUGUAGGUGUUGGAAAUGAGUGGCAGUAUUUUGGGAGUUCAGAUGUGGUUACCCUGGAAUUCUUAUGGAAGAUAAAUGGGAAAUAGCAAGAAGAGAAAGGAAGAAGGUUUUGACAUCAAAUUCUAUUGUGAUCUUGAACGAACAAGCAUGGGAAAUUUGGAGAAGGAAAGGAAGAAACUUUAGCAUCUUCAACCAAGCUUUAUCAUUUGAGCUAGAGUUGCAUUUCUUACUAGCAAAGGAGGUUUUUAGAAUGCCAGAACCUCUGCCGUUUCAGUUUCAGUUUCAGACUUUGACAAUUCUUGGAGACAGAAAUCCACUAAUGGGAAAAAGUGGAAAUCUUUGUCAUUUCUAACUGGGAGAACAGGGAUUAGUUUGUUUGAUAAGAUGGAGGUCCUUCUACACUUCAUGAAUGUACAAUUGAAACAAACUUUUCUAUGAAAUAACCAGACCUAUUACAAGCUUAA